UUUGUCGGGAGCGCAUACAGUGUCGCACUGCGUGAGACACUGCCGUGUCUCUUCAUAUAUGUAUACUGACAUACAUAAUGAAGCACGUGGAUAAGAAUCGCCGAAAUACGACUAGUGCGCUGGCAGAAACUUUACAGCAGAAUUUUCCUUAUGAAUGUUCUAUGAGAAAGAAACAUCUGUUGAAUUUCUUUCGGUUCUUGAAUCGAUUACUCAAAUGCCGAGUUCAUCGCGAAGAUAUAAAUAUUAAAUUGCAAUUGCGUGUCGAUGUAAGAGCGAUAUUCUACGUACUGAAUUUUUUUAAGCCUUUAGGGUAAAUUACGGAAAAUAGCUUAAAUUGUAAAACAUUAAAAUUGAUGCUAGAAGAGAGAAUAUUUAAUGGGUAAACUGAAUGUGGUAGGGAUAAGCGGAUCUUCAUCCAUUACAUCCCCGUCAUAACUAUUUUAGUGCUAGCAGAGAGAUGAUCAAUGUUGUAGAUAAAUACUUCAGUCUUAACCGAAUUCUUUUGUUGACAGUUGGUUUGUGGCCGUAUGAAAAAUCCAAAUAUGUUCAACUGCAAUUAAUCUGCGUCUAUAGUAUACUUAUAUCUGGCAUUAUAUUUCAGCUCACAACAAUGUUAACUUCAAAAUGUACUGCAGAAUUCAUCAUAAAGAUUUUAUCUCCCUCUAUCGGUUCCAGUGGCCUAGUCAUAAAAUAUAAUGCUUUUUAUGUUAAUAGUAAAACGGUAAAGUUUUUAAUGGAACAAGUUCAGCAUAUCUAUAACGAUUUAAGAGACAAUAACGAAAUUGCUAUCGUAGAAAAAUAUGGAAGUAUCGCGAAACAUUAUACAACUGGUCUUACAAUGGUUUUUCUAUUUGGUUUAUUUAUUUUCGUGAGUAUCCAAUUAUGGCCAAACUUUACAUAUAUUAUAUUACCUGCAAACACAUCUCGAUCACAUCAUUCGCCAAUUACCAUGGAAUAUUUUGUCGAUCAAAAAAAAUAUUUCUACUUACCGCUUUUUCAUAUAAAUGCAACUAUGGUGAUAGGAUGUUUCGUAGUGAUAUCAACAGGUUCAAUGCUGAUUGCAUAUCUUCAACAUGCCUGCGGAAUGUUUGAAAUUGCUAGUUAUCGUAUUGAGAGAGCAAUACAAAUUUGUAUAUCAAAUAAUAUUAAGGUGCAGAACGAGAUUCUGGCUUAUAAAGGCAUAAUUCAUGCUGUAGAUAUUCAUCGAAAAGCUAUGAUAUUCUCUAGCUAUCUAAUAUCUAAAUUUGAAAUAUCAUUUAUGUCCUUAAUCGCUGUCGGAGUGCUCGCUUUAAGCCUAAAUAGUUUUCGAGUCUUUCAGAUUGUAUUAUUCGGAUAUAAUUCUGAAGAAUUUCUGGUUAAUCUUGUAAUUGCACUUAUGUGUUUUAUAUAUAUGUUUUUGGCCAAUUUCAUUGGACAACAAAUUAUAGAUCAUAAUAACCACGUAUUUGCCACUGCAUACAAAGUCCGGUGGUACGUAACUCCUUUACACAUACAAAGAUUAAUACUACUUCUGUUGCAAAGAGGCAAUAAGAGUUUUGGCCUGUGUGUUGGUGGAUUGUUCAUAGCAUCUAUAGAAUGUUUUGCAACGCUAACCAAUGCAGCCGUAUCUUACUCUGCUCUCAUGUAUUCAAUGCGAUAGUAUAACAAUUAAUAUUAUAACAGUAGAAAGUUGACAAAAGCGUGCAAUAUAUCUUAUGUGUAAAAAAAAUGAAUACAAUACGUAACAUGAAAGAAGAACAAAUAGGAGCCAAAAGAGAAAGAUUUUAUAAUAACGUUUACAAUUAAUGUACGAGAGAGAG